CAUUUAGUGACAUUUCGGUGCGGUUAGUUUAACACUUCACAGCACGCCAACAAAACGCUUCAAACGGAUGCGCUCCGUUAUGCAUGCUGGAAUUGCCUUCGUGCAGUGAAACAAAAAAGUGUAGUGCAGCCAGAAUGGUCGGCGCUUGUCGUGUUUGUGUGUGAGCAAGUGUAGAUCAAUAGAACUUUAGCAACUUUACUUCGGACUUCCAUUAACUUCCAGUUUGCACAACUGCACGUAAAGCGAAAACUUUCCCGUCUGCAAAACGCGAAAUGGAACGCGUCCAGCAUGGUGGUGGACGCACGGAAACGUGAUCUUUGAUCUUUGGUGCAGCGUUAAUCAAUUGCAAAACUCAAACCCCAGUGGCGCAGUGUGCCAAUGCGCAACGGAUGCUGGACGAAGCUUGUGUGCAUGUGACUUAGUGACUGAAGCGAUCACAAGAUGUUAAUCCUACAGACAGUUAAACUAAUUCUACUCGCCCUGAAGCUACUGCCGAAACGGUUCACGCACCGGAAUGUACUGUUUAUGAUAUAUUUGGUUACACUCGUCACACACGUGAUGAUGGAUGAACCAAGAUUUGCUCAACCCAUUCCGAACGUUACCGUUGCCGUGGGACGGGAUGCUAACCUGCCCUGCGUAGUCGAACAUUUGGGCACCUACAAGGUCGCGUGGAUACACAUCGACCGGCAGAUGAUUUUGACGAUACACCGCCACGUCAUUUCGCGCAUUCCGCGCUACAGCGUGACGUACGAUAAUUCCAACACAUGGCUGCUGCACGUUAGCCAAGCCCAGCAGGACGAUCGGGGCUAUUACAUGUGCCAAGUGAACACAAAUCCCAUGAUUAGCCAAGUCGGUUACCUGCAAGUAGUCGUGCCUCCCAACAUCCUGGACAUCGAAAGUACUUCGUCGUCAGUAGCCGUGCGAGAAAAUCAAAAUAUCAACAUGACAUGUCGUGCCGAUGGAUUCCCCACGCCCAAGAUCAUCUGGCGACGCGAAGACGGCCAGAGCAUUACCGUCGAGCGGAAGAAGAAAGUGAUGGUGUACGACGGUGAGGUUCUUCAUCUGACAAAAGUAAGCCGCAACGAAAUGGGCGCUUAUCUCUGCAUCGCCACUAAUGGUGUGCCACCGUCGGUGUCUAAGCGGAUUAUCCUUGAUGUGGAGUUUUCGCCAAUGAUUUGGGUGCCAAAUCAACUAGUUGGAGCACCACUCUCGACUGAUGUUACCAUCGACUGUCACACCGAAGCUCAUCCAAGAGCCAUCAUCUACUGGGUGUACAACUCGGUAAUGGUACUGCCGAGUAAAAAAUACAUCAUUGACUACAACGAAAACUCCUACCGGGCGCACAUGAAGCUCACCAUCAAAGGCUUAUCGAUGGGCGAUUUCGGCAACUAUCGCUGCAUAUCGAAGAACUCGCUCGGCGAAACGGAGGGCUCGAUUCGCGUUUACGAAAUUCCACUUCCAUCAACACCGUCGAAGCAAAUUACUCACGUGAUGGAACCGAAGGAGACGAGCCCAGCCGUGGUGUCACGUAAUGAAACCAUUAAGGUCGCCAGCCAACCUGAGGUCCUGUUUCCGAUGAAGAACGACGAAGGCUACGCUCAGCGCUCACCGAACGGGAUCCCUUUCGAGCGCAAGGGAUCGCUUGCCAUCGGGCAAAGUUUCUCCUACACCGACAUGCCACCGAAAGAGUUCGGUGUAUCUAACGAUGCUCGCAGUAGCUACGGUGUGUUCUCGCUACUAUCACUAACGACGAGUGUCGUCCCAUCGACGCUGCUAGUGCUGUGCCAUCAACGCUGCGAGGGCUGGCUGUUUCUGUAAUUUGCAAUUCGCGCUACCGCAGCCGUGCUCAACCUCGAAGCUGUUGGGUUGCCGACAACAGCUGCAGAGCUGUAUCCAUAUCGCAAUCGUCGCAGUCGGUCCGCAGAUAUAUCGCAUAUCUGUAUGUUCCCGUUUUGCGUUUUUUGUUUUCUCUCCUUUGGCUCAUAUCACUCCCAGUGCGAAGAAACAUAUCCACGACGAAUUGCAAAAAGAAAACAAAAAAAAAACCGGACGAUAAUCAACGCGAGUUUGUCACCAACGUAAGGCUGAGAGCACAUCUGUAUCUGUAAAUUAAUUCCACGAUGUUCUGUGCUUAGAUAAGGACGCUGCUAAGAUAAACAAUAACUAAUCAUGCUCUUGUGUUUUGAAUUUUCCUCACUAUUUUUUUUUUGUCUGACCGCUUACGAUCAUCCUCACAUCUUUAACCGGCACGAGAUCACUGUGACAUACUAAGAACAAAUAAAAACAAAACACUCUCAAAUAGCUUUAAAAUGAGAAAAUUUCCAAUUCGUUUCGCAAUGGGUUGAUACAUUUUCAUUGGCUUUGUUGAACGCUAGACUCGAUUUUGUAAACUAUAUUUCAAGAGCCCUCCGUUGUAGGAUCGAACGAUUACGGUUCCGAAGGGGAAGGUAUUGUUUCAUCCUAGAUAAGAAUUGUAGGAGAACGUUGUAUAAUAGCAAACAAAAAAAAACUAACACAAAAAAGGCUUAACUCUUUGUCGAGUUUGUUACUCCUUUAGCGAAGUACACGGAA